UAAUGCCUGGCACCACGUCUCUCAACACAAUCCGGUACUGAGACACUACCGGGGACGAUGACGUCGACAGUUCCACCUUACUGCCUCCACACAGACUCAGAAGUUUGACAGCUUAGUUUAUUCGCAGCUUAGCUGCAUGCUCACCGGUGCGUUAGCUUCACCUGCUUCAGGAAGUAAAGCGAUCACUUGUGUAUUGUUACAGCCUACCUAAAUUCCCCCAAUAACACGGAUUGGAGCCGUGAACAGUUACACCAGGGACCUGUAGCUUUCUUUCUUUCUUGGCUACAAUAACAAAGUGGGUAUUUUUGAAUAACAAGGAUUCUACAGGGUCAGAAUGUCUCGCGAUCCAGAGGAGGUGAAUAAACUCACCGAAAGUACCUACAAGAAUGUUAUGGAACAGUUCAAUCCGGCUUUACGGAAUCUUGUAACCCUGGGCAAAAACUAUGAAAAAUCUGUUGUAGCAAUGACUCUGGCAGGAAAAACCUACUAUGAUGCUGUUUCCAAAAUCGGGGAGAUAGCUACGGUGUCACCGGUUUCCAGAGAAUUGGGGGUAGUUCUCAUGGAAAUCUCUGACGUACAGAAGAAAAUGAACGUGGAGCUAGAAGAAACUUUUAAAAAGUUUCACAAAGAGAUAAUUGCUGAACUUGAACGAAAAACUGACCUGGAUCAAAAGUACAUGAAUGCCACCCUGAAGAGAUACCAGACGGAGCACAGAAGCAAGUUAGACUCAUUAGAAAGAUCUCAAGCCGAUCUCAAAAAACUCAGACGGAAAAGUCAAGGAAAGAAUGCGACAAAGUAUGAAAUGAAAGAAAAUGAAUAUCUGGAGACGGUGAGCUCCCGUCAGACCGACAUGCAGAGGUUCAUCGCCGAUGGGUGCCGGGAGGCCUUGCUGGAGGAGAAGAGGCGCUUCUGUUUCCUUGUUGACAAACACUGCACAUUUUCUUAUCACCUUUGCAGCUACCAUGAUAAGGCUAAAGAACUGCUUAAUGUAAAUCUGCCUAGCUGGCAGGAUAAGUGCACUGAUGCCACCAAGGUGCCAGAUACCAUCCUGACCAUGAUCGAGGGCAUUAAGGCACCAGGAUCUACUCCAAUCUCAGGAACGCCACAGCCAUCGCCGAUGGUAGAAAGAUACACUAUGCACAACACAGACCCACCAAAGCCUCCUCCUGCACCGCCGAUAAAAGCACACCCAAGUCCUCUUGUAGACAUGUUCAAUGUCCCUGCCACUCCGAAGGCCCCAGCCAUGACACAGAGGAACAGUCAUUCAGAUUACAACAAUGGCGAUACUCUGCCCAGGUCUGUCUCUGUUGCGACUGGACUGAACGCGAUUAAAAAGCCAAAGGUGAAAACCAUCUUUCCACAUACUGCGGGGAAUAACACCACUCUGCUCAGUUUCGAUGAAGGUGACGUCAUCAUUCUGCUUUUACCAGAGGAGAAAGAUGGCUGGCUAUAUGGAGAGCAUGAGAAGUUGAAGCAGAGAGGUUGGUUUCCAUCAUCGUACUGCCGACCUUACACAGAGCAAGCACAGGAGCAGAGCAAUUCUAUGCCAGUCCGGAGUAUUAGCAUAGCCAAUCUGGCAGAGAAAGAGAAGGGGAACAUGGUGCUGCCCCCUCCAGAUUACUUUGAGUCUUCACCAACAAGGGCUGUCGUCAACAAAAACACUAUGUCUUCCCCCGAGCACAAAAGCCAGGAACCGAAUGGGAUUGGAAAGCCACCUUUUCUUGCUGGUGAAAAUCCAUUUGCGACCGUCAAACUUCGACCAACAGUAACCAACGACAGAUCAGCUCCCAUCAUUUGAAGUUUCUGAGGAAUUCUACAGAUUGGAGUUUUUCAUAUGCUAUGUCUGCAUUCUGUAAAGGCUUCAGUCUUCUGCUGCACAUAGAUCUCAGACAGAGUUUAUUUAAGUAACUGUAAAACGAAUCCAAAGAGUUAUAUAUUUUUUAAAAUACUUGUGCUGCACAUUGUAGAAGUAGCAGACCAUUCUGCAUUUUCAAUACUGUGCUGUGUUUAAGAAACCAAAAAUGAAUGCUGGCGGAAUACAUUAUUUCAAAGUUCUAAAGUUGUUUUUUUUUUGCCAUAGGAUGAUAAACACACCUGUACUUAGUAUAUACAUUGAUAAAAUAUGGUUUAGUUUCUUUCAGAAACAAUCCUGGAUUUGAAUAUACAGUAGCUUUGCACCUGAAGUGUUUCCUUACUAAUUUUUGUUUUAGAUGCUUAACGGGUCUAUAAAACUCUCUUUUAAUAUACAGCAAUGGCCAAAUGUCUUGCAUAACCUUAUGUAAUUAACUAACUUUGCUUCAUAAAGGUGAACUUACUGAAAUAAUGUUACAUUAACAUAUUGAAUUACAUAUCGCUUUGUAGUUUUCCACAUAAAAAAAAAAUAAUUGACAUUUCAGAAUCUAACGUGAAAUACUGUACUACUGUACUAUUAUGGCUUCAUGUAGACUUUGGUGAGAUCAUUUUGUAGUUUCUUUGAUUACAUGGUGUUAAAUAAAACAUUUGGCUAUAGCUGUAUAUUUAAAUGAACUUUACCAAAGAAAAAAACAUCUCUAAAUGAUAUAUAUAUGUUUUAUUAUUGGUAUUAUUAUUUUCAGGGGGAUAACAUCAGCUUUUUAUGUUAUAUAUAUAUAUAUAUAUAUAUAUAUAUAUAUAUAUAUAUAUAUAUAUAUAUAUAUAUACAGUUAUUUUGUCAAAAUGUCCCAUUUCCCAAUGUACUAGUUUAAAAAACAUCAUUAUUUUUUUUUUCAAAGCCCAUUCGGAUGCCCAUUUGCCUACUCUUGCAUCUUUUUAUUUAGUAUUAUUUGUUGCUUAUCUUCUUAGCAUUGUAUGUGCUGUUCUGUUGCCCUGACUCCUAUGUAAUAUUUAAUUAUUCUCUACUUGGGGAUUUUUGUUAACUAAAUUCUGACACAGAAAUCUGGGAUUGGUAGUAUUUUUAAUGACUUGAUUCCUAAAAUAAUUGUUGUCCUAUGCCUUACACUACAUCUGGCAUGCCUAAAUUCUGUAAAGAGACAGACGGCUGUUACUGUUUCAGUUAUCCUGAAGGUAAAUGAAGGUGCAUGCUGCUUAUGAUUUCCUCUUUCUUUACUGCAGGGGAAUAUGAAUACAGGUUUGCCUCAUUUUAACCAGUCAUUUUUUCUUUAAAAAAUAAAGAGCUGUUCUGUUCUGAAUUGUAUUUCUUAUAUUAAGGUUUAUAGGAAAAAAACAUUUCAAAUUUUGUGAACUGUUUUUUUCACAGUUCUGUCGAACCACACUUGUAAAACACUGGUAGACAGAUGGAAGAGGCAAUAAGUAUAUUUAAUGUUUGAAAAAAAAAAUAUUGUGUAGUAACCCAUGUAUAAAUAUGUUCAAUUUAUUUUAUUGGAAUAAAAGUUUGAUUUACCAGACUCAUCAGUUUUUACACUGGUGGAGCAGGCCAGUCCAA